AGCUGAAGUAGAUCGCUGAGUAGCCUCGGUGGCAGCGAUCAGAGAAGGUGCAAUUCCCCUGCAAUCGGAGAUUAAUCUCUUCUGCUGAAAGGAAACAAUGACAAACGCUGCAGAGUAGCACAAAGCAGGACGACAGACAGUCCUUUCUCCUGCCACUCUCUGAGCACCUGGUGCCAGUCUGCAGCAGGCUCCGAUGGAUUGAUCAGCUCGGACCGAAGCAUGAGCACCCUGCUUGCGGUUGAUCAGGUGGGACUCAAGAGCUUAGACAUCUUACCGGCCUCAAAGAACCCUCUGAGCAGCGGCAUGCAUACAGGGGAGCUCCAUGGCGUCAAGUCCCAUCCAGAUCUUGGAGAUUUGCACCACUUCAGCGCCCCAAGCGGGGAGCUUGGCAGGCUCUUAAAACCAGUGCUUUGGAUCUGGGGCGGGUCGAAGCACUCUGGAGUGGCGUGCAUGGCUCUGUCCAGCCUGGCUUACAGUGUCAUGGGCCUGGCGGUCAAACUUUUAGCAGGGGCCAAAAUACCAUCUUCCGAAACUGUCCUGGUCCGAUGUGCAAUCAUUGCGCUCUUGUCAGGCUACGGGCUUCAGAAACAGAAGCACCCCCUGUUAGGCUCACCAGGGGUUCGACACCUGGUCCUAGCAAGGGCGAUCAUUGGCUUCUUCGCACUGUCCGCGUUCUUUUAUAGUAUACAGGCCCUUCCGCUGCGCGACGCCACGGUGCUUAAUUUCACGAUGCCCGUAAUGACGGCCAUGAUGGCUGCGGUCUUUCUGGGGGAGGCUUGGGGGAGCAGGGAGGUAGCGGGUACGAUAUGCAGCCUGGUGGGAGUACUGCUGGUGACGCAGCCAGACAUUCUGUUUGGGAAACCGAAACUCUUACAAGGUGCGAACGAACGGAAGGGCAGCGAGGAGACGCUGGGGGUGUUUAUGGCGAUCGGGGGGUCUGCUUUGGGGGCAGCCUCGUACAUCGUCUUGAGAGUCGUAGGGAAGACCGGAGAACCCCCGCUAGUAUGCGUCUUUGCGUUUGCGGCCUUCUCCGCCCCGAUGGCAGCCGUGGGUAUGCUUUUCCAGCCCUUCGCGGUACCUUCUGCUUGGGAGUGGUUCGAGUUGGUAGUCGUGGGCCUCAGCGCUUUCGCUGCACAGGUUCUGCUGAACCGGGGCCUGCAACUAGAAAAGGCGUCCAAAGCGACGGCGAUACAGUACGUCAAGAUCCUGGUGACGUACUUGUUCGGCGUCAUCUUCCUCCACGAGGUACCGUCCUUUUUAGGUGUCGUCGGCGCUUGCCUCAUCGCGGCGAGCGCUGCCUUCGUAACUCUCGGCGCAGGGCAUUAGCUCGGGGUAUCUUAUUGAAAAACGUGAAAAUCCGGGGAUUGGUGGGAAGUAGCGACGAGAGAAGUUGUUACUUUUGGACUUCACUGCACGCAAAGUCUUGCUUUGGGAGGUACACUGCUUUUGUAAGAUAGAUUGAGUUCCGUUGGACAAGCUUGCUGGAAUAGUGAGAGAGCCACAGACAUCAGGUAAUUAAGUCGAUGAAUGUGCAAGACAUACAGCUCCAAACCUGCCAGUGGGUUUCACGUGCUCCGAGCAUGAUUCCUGAUCUUGGACCGUCUGAUCGCGACAAGGAAGGCAUCGAACGGCUCAAGAUCGAGAACCAUGCUCGGAGAAACUGGAACCCCAGUGCAGAUCUGAUGCAAACAGCCGCAACGCCGAUAAGCCCAGCCGCGCCGAUCGGAAGAAGCGGCCGGCCUCCAAAAGCAAAGUCGGAGGUAUGGCAUCAAUUGUCGUUUUCAGAAACGCCAAACGCCUAUGAUCUGGGUCCUAUGCAGCAUGCAGCAGAGCCAAUGCAAAG